CGGGUUCGUGUAGUUUAACGUCCGGAGCUGCGCAGUGGAGGUCAGCUGACAGUUGUGACCAACCAGCGGGUGUAACAUCUCAACUCAGGAGACCCCGAACCGAGAAAAAAGCCUCCCUCUGUCUGCGCUCACCGUUAUCAGCCGCGGAGAACCGGACAGCCUUCACCCCCGUUACCCGGCCACGUCUUCCCGCCUCCUGCAGGAUGAGUGUCGGCGCUCCGAGAGGCCUGGCCAGCUCGGGGCAGAAGCCCAUCGCGGAGAUCCUUCAUCCGCUCUCUGCCGCCGAGGAGCCGCUCUCGGUCCCAGUCAACGUCGGAGGGGAGAAGGAAGCGGGGCUGACCAAUGGCACGCCAGUUGAGACGUCGAGUCCCGCCUCCGCGUCCUCGCUGUUCAACAGGCUGCAGCUGGACGACGACCUGGAAGCAGACGUCAGGGACCUCUACGCCUCAACCGAAACCCGCGACCUGUUUGUGACAGUGGACGACCCAAAGAAGCACGUCUCCACUAUGGAGACCUACAUCACUUACAGAGUCUCCACCAAGACAUCAAGAAUAGAGUUUGACCUGCCGGAGUACUGUGUGCGGCGGCGCUACCAAGACUUUGACUGGCUGAGGAUCAAGUUGGAGGAGAGCCAGCCGACCCACCUCAUCCCUCCGCUGCCAGAGAAGUUCGUGAUGAAGGGCGUGGUCGAUCGUUUCUCGGAGGAGUUUGUGGAGACGAGGAUGAAAGCUUUGGACAAGUUCCUGAAGCGGGUUGCCGACCACCCUGUCCUCUCCUUCAACCCACAUCUAAACGCUUUCCUGUCUGCCAAGGACCUGAACAAGCGUCAGGGUCUGGCACUGCUGACCAAGGUGGGCGAGUCCGUGAAGCACGUGGCCGGAGGGUACAAGCUGCGGGCACGGCCGCCUGAGUUCUGCGCCAUGGGAGAAUACCUGGACACAUUCAGCCAGAAACUGGGAACCAUCGACCGCAUCGCUCAGAGGAUCCUCAAAGAGCAGUCAGAGUACCUGACGGAGCUGCGUGAGUACGGCACCGUGUACUCCAGCUGGGCCGGGUCUGAGGAGGAGCUGCGCCGUCCCCUGGAGGGCGUGGCCAGCUGCGUGGCAACGUGCUGCAGAGCGCUGGAGGACCAGAGUGAGAACAUGAGCCAGGACUUCCUGCCCGUUCUCAGAGAGUACAUCCUCUACAUAGAGUCCAUGAAGAAUGUUUUGAGGAAGCGAGAUCAGACCCAGGCGGAGUAUGAGGGUCGACUAGAAGCAGCCAUAUUGCGCAAACAAGAGGACAAAACGCCAAUGCCAGUGGAGGUGGAGAAAUGCCAGGACAAAGUUGAGUGUUUCAACGCGGACCUAAAGGCAGACUGGGAGCGCUGGCAGAGCAACAAGAGACAAGACUUCAAACAGCUUCUCACCGGCAUGGCCGACAAAAACAUCAACCACUAUGAAAAGUGCCAGGCAGCGUGGGAGUCGCUCGUAACUCUCCUGCAGGACAAACAGACUGAGGACAAAACGAGUGAGACGAACUGAAACACCUCCUCAUGUCCCUGCACCUCCCCCCCUCUCUGUGAAACGCACUCUCAUGCCAAGGAAAAGUGCCAACCGGGCCGCAGGUUUGGACUGCUGGACUCUGCCCGCGUUCGCCUGGGAGACGACUGGACGGAGGGGAGUCGUCAUUACCUGAUGUAAUGAGUGGCGCGUUCAAGGACAGCGAGGAAAGAGGAGAGACCUACUAUGUACAGACAUUUUCCUUUUUGGUUUUGUUUUUUUGUCGUCGUUCUUAUUGACUUUUUUCUACUUCAUAUUUCAGAUUAACAGUCAGUCGCUGCCCGUGUUUAUUUAACUGCGGUCUCGGGAGAGUUUUCUGCCUGUUCUUAAGUGUGAAUGAUAACUCUUAAGCAAAAAACCAGAUAUGGAUAUCGUGCGAAGUUUUGAAGCAUUCAGAGCAUCCCGGAGAUUACCUUUCUCCUGUCAGGUUGUAACAACCUCUUCACACAACUUAACACUCUCCACUCACGACUCUUAGAGGCAUCAUAUCGGCUCUAAAUCUAACGGACCAUUCCUGUUGUUUUUGCAUGUUUCAGCACAUUAACUCUUAUACAUGCCAUUUACUGUUGCUCAUCUUUCCAGCAGGUUUAUACAUUUUAUAGUUUUCCCAUUUACUCGUAACCAUUCUUGAAUCGUGACGCGGCUUUUGUGCUCAAACAGAAAUAACGCUUGGACGGGGAUGAAGCAGGAGGUGUAGCAACGAACCUCAGUAAAAACCCUGUGAUAAUUCUUCAAAGUGUAAACUUUAGGAUGUAUUUUUGACUCGUAGGCACCACAUUUACCAACAAGUUAUGAAUGUUGAGCUCUAUCAGGGAAGUGAUCCACACGGCAAAGUUGAUUGUGCUCGUGGUUUGAGGGAGUGUAGCAGCACCACCUGGUGGUUAAGAUGCUAAUGGCUUUCAGUCUUUUGAAACUGGUGUUUGCUUUAGAUAUCACAUGUUUUUUUUUUUUUUUUUUAAACAAUGGCAAUUUCAACGGGCUGUAGGGAGAUCAGUGAAGGCUUUAAGUCAGCUGGGGAUGUAAAAGGGCAGGUUUACUCAAUGACAAGCACACUGAGAGAAACAAAGGCGAAGAGUCCAGUGGUACACUAAUGUAUUCUCUUUAAAGGGGUGAAAACAAUCGGGUGUCAGCUUUUUAGAGGCAGAUCUUUUAUAGAACAUCUCUGAAAGGAACGAACACUGCAUUGGGAACACGUGGUAUAAUCGCAUCCCAUUAACAAAAUGUUAGUCCCAUUUCAAGAAGGAGAAGUUCUUGGAAGCGGGCUCUGACCUGAGAUAACUUAAACAUGUUGAUUCUGCUAACCUGUAGAGGAACAGAGCAGUUCACAUCCCUGCUGUGUCAUGUAAGCACCCUGGAAAAUUAAAUCAACCAGCACUCAGAAGAGUUCUGUGAAAGCUUUUCGGGACAGCAAAAAGAAAAUAUUCUGAGUGGUUCGUCCCUCACUUUAAAAGCUGAAGUUGCUUGCUUUAAAAAGGCCAUAUGUUGUUUUGGAGAAGAAAUUCAAAUUCAGCUGUUUUCAGAUGACUAUUAGGUCUCCAGAACACUGUUUGAAGUUAGAAGUGAACAAGUUAGUAUCAGACUUUUUUGCGUCACACUUGUUUCCUCUUUUCUUAUUUUUUGGCUCAAAAUGUUGCUCAUGUGGCCUUAAAGGAAAAAUCCAUUCAGUGUGCAAUCUCUGCUAAAACCUGUUUACUUUCAAAAUGUUCUCCCAUUUAUCAUUGAUUGAUGAUUGAUCCCUUAAAUAUUGUUCAAAUUUUAUUUUGUCGAUUUAAAAAAAACAAACAUUUAUUUAUUAACUCGGCAUGAAGUAGCAAAAAGCUGGACCAAUGAUGACGAGGGCGGACUCCGUCAGUGGCAUCUUCAUCAGAACAAGCUUUACAAAGACGCUGAUUUUAGGGUUUUGUUCAUGUGUGGCACAGAUCCGACCAUGUUGUAGCCUCAAACUGGAAAAAGAAAACAAUUUUUUCCAAAAAGUAUACAAAGAAUUUCUGAGUUUCUUUAGCAUCCUUUUAUUUAUUGACAGGAUUUUCAGAAAUAAGGUGCUGAUGUGACUUUCUGGUCUGUGCUUCAUGAAGAAGUUUUAGUUUCAAGAACAGAAAAUCUUGUGGUUUUUUUUUUUUUGUCUUUGAAUGGCCUUCGCCCUAUUUUUUUCAGGCUGCUGUCACAUUGCUGCGCCUGUCCUCGGUGUAGCCAAAUGCGAGAGAGGAAGUGACUGUGGCUGCCUGCAAACUGGUUUUGGUACUUUGUCAGUUCUCUUUUUAUCUGUCCUUCAUGUUUUCCCCUUGAGCUUUAAAAGCACGGAGCAGCUACUGUUUCCUCUUCUUCUGUCGGCAAGGCGACGCGUGAAGACAACUUAAUUUCUAUGUGUUUGUUCUAAGAAGGAGAGAAGCUUUCAGGGUGGGUUUUCUGUGAUCUAGCCUCGAGGCAGUUACAGCGGACAGUACUGUUGAUUCACUGAUGCUAAGAUGCUGUAUUUGUACCAAAACAUUAAAAUCAACUAAGAAGAGCCACGGUUGAAAAUCAAAACAGAAACUUCUUAAAGUGGUUUCCCAGACUGACUUUUUUGGUUAUUCAGUUAAUAACAGCAGCCAUUCAAGCUAAAUUAAAAACACCCUGGAGAGGAUGUGACCACUAGUAGCGCCAUGGAGCAGUUUUUUUUAUGAACCGGUCAUCAGUUAGUUCGUAUCUCAUGGAAAGACACAGCAUCCUGGUGGGGAAAAGCUGAAUACUUCUGUUUGUUUACAAGAAAACUCAACAGGGCACCUUUCAACCUCAUUGUUAUACCAGACUUUAAAGGGGCUCUGUGGAACUUCUCUCAUUUGUUUAUGUUGGCGUAUGUUAGCUUUUGUUGCUCUCUAUUGAGACGCUGAGACGAGGCACUCGAGAUCGUGAAAACAGCCAGAUCCUUUAGGCUCUCGCGGAAAAUCCGACCGGAGUCCUUCACAAAGAAAUCCACAGUCCAGCAGCUUUCAACAGCUUAAACAGAUCGUCCACAGGCUUGUAGGGGCAACCGAGAGAGAUGGAGGUCUCCUUUUUCAUAUCGCGAAACAAUCUGCCCACAGUGGAAAGUGAUUAAUACAUGUAAAUUGCCGCAAAUUGUUGCACAGGGCCCCUUUUAAAGCGCUACAUUUCAAACCUGUUCAAAAUUUAGCGCGCUGAACUCUGAAACUUGAUUUAGAAGUCACCUGCACAAAGUCAACAGCUAAUGUUCACUGUAAGCCAAGAACAUUUUAUUAUUGACUUGAUGAAAAAGAGCUAAGGAAUUGGACAUGUAGCAAAUAAUUGAAGUUUUUUUUAAAAAUGAUCUGAUAGGAUCAGAUCAGUACUUGUGUCUGUUACAGCUGAGCACUGUACGAGGCAUCAGUGCAUCUGUAGACUUUCCUGCUAUUGAUGUAAAUGAAGUAAUGACCUGAUGAAGGGACCUGAGCGGGGCGCUGAAUGUUUUGGGAUCAUUCAGGCUUGAUUUGAAAUUCUUUUUGCUCUAAUGGCAAUAUACUGUAUAUUCAAUAUACCCCAGUGUACAGCUGAAUUAUAUGGUGCAGCUGAGUCUAUUUUUGUACAAAAGAAGCAGGAGAUCAUUGUUGGGUUUCCACUGAGUAAGCAACACAUGUUAGAAGGGAGUUUUUUGUAAAUUAUUUUUGAUGCUCAUUGGAAGCCUAACAGUAGUUCUCUGAUUCAUUUAGCUCUUCUUAGCCAUUGUAAAAUCACCAUCAUAUACUGUGUGCCUGCUGAUUUGUUUUUGCACUAUAUACAGAGCUCCGCCCCUCGGGCAGACAUGUCUGCUAAAAAACAUUAAACUAAAAAAACUGUAAUUGCUUUUUUGCAGUUGCCAAAAAUGAAAAUAAAUAGUGUGGUGUUGAGUUGGUUGAGGCGUUUCUUAUGUCUCAGUUUGGAAACUUUGCUCGGUGAUGUAAAGAAAGGCAUCGUCUGCAAACAGGGACAAACUGGCUGCGGUUGUAAAGACGGGAGUGUCGUGAGAGACAGGAUUUUUUGCUUUCCUAAAUGUACAAAUCAAAUCUUUUCAAAGCCAAAUGUCCCCAUCUUUUCCUCCUGGCUUCUCCACAUUGAUUCACACAUGAAGAGAAGUUCUGAUUUGCAACGCAACGACAAACCUGAUCAAUCAAACCUGUGUGAAAGCUUCAAAGUCAGACGAUUUAUGAAGGUGUGGAUCUAGCUUCAGUCUUCUUUUUUAAAAAAAAAAAUCUCUGUUCCUCCCCAGUGUGUACUGUUUACGUUCAGAGUUUUUAUUGUACAUUUGGAUGUUAACAACAUCUUGUUGUAAUUAUAAAUAAGCUUGUAUAUUGAUGUUGUUUUGAUGCAAUUUAUCUUUACCUCAAAUGAUUUUUUUGGAUAUAUUGGACCAAUAAUAAAAAGAAUGAAUGCAUUUGA